AUGACUAACUCUUGCCUCUCUACCGACAUUGGACUUCUGAACUUAGAACUACCGAAUCAAUCGCCUGCCGUUGCCGCCCAGUCGACUGAGGAGGCUGUUUCACAACACGCUAGCCACCCCGGUUACGGUAUAAGCACCGACGGGGUAUGGGUCGUGAAGGAUGGAAUGGAUAUGCUUUGGCUACCUCCGGAGUAUCGCCCGGAGAGAUCGGCUGUGGUUGGAUCAACGGUCGCUAUCGGCUGUCCUUCAGGUCGUGUGCUGGUAAUGAAGUUCUCUUAG